AAAAUGGGUUCGUUCCUAGCCGAGGUGUUAUCAUCUGUUGAAAAAAUGGAACUGCAGCAAGUAAACACCAAGUGCCCCGAAGUCGCCGCCCUUGUGGAGGCCUGCAAGGCCGAGGUGGUGUCGCACCUGGAGAACAUCUACGUGCAGUUUACGGAGCGGCCCAGGAAGAACAAAGCGCUGGCAGGUAAGAUCACUAAGCUGGAAGAGGACAUAAACAUGCUACGAACCAAUCUGGAGGAAAUCACACGAACGGAACUAGCGAAAUCUGAGUGCGACAUCCAGAAGCACACUCACGCGCUGGUACGGGCCAAGACCGAGAUCUCGCUCGUGGCCACUCUGUUCUACAUCCACGAGGCGCUUAUGCGAAUCGUGGACUUGCAGAAAAACCGGUCAUUUUUCGCCUGCUUGGAGGAGUUCCAGGCGAUGGAGGAGGUGUUCGAAGGCUUGGACCUGGAGGAGAAUCUGGCGGUGCUGCAGGAGAUGCAGUUGGAGUUUAAAACCGAGCGCUCGGCCUUCCACCUGACUUUGGGCAACCUGUUCAAGGACCGCGUGGUGCUCCAAGCCGGAGGCACCAGAAGUGUGGUGAAAGUAAACAAUGACCAGCAACUUGAGGACGUUCUGUGCACGUUGUAUUGCGACAACAAUUCGGUCACGGUGCUGGACAAAGUGACCAAGUUUUUGUGGGAUUCUGUUUUCGUGCCCAUUGUUGACACAACGACUGAGAUUAAGGUGGGACAAGAGGAGGGUUUCAGUGUCCUGGAGGUGAUUACAGUUGACCCUAACAAAAAAUCCUCGUACGUUGAGGUUUUCGCCAACAUAAAGGCGGUCUUGGUGUUUUUAUCGGACAAUUUCGAUGUUAGCUUAACCGAGGACUUGUCCACGUUACAGUACAUUGGGCGCGACCUCCGUGAUAAUUUAUCGGAACUUAUCAUCAAACGGUGCCUUCAAGACACCAUCCCGUCGACCAAGCAAGGCUUGGAAGACUUCAGACGGGUGAUUGAGGCGACCGAGGACUUGGAGAAGUCGCUUUUCCAGGCGAAAAUCUUCGCAGAAGACACCACGUCCAUCCUGAGCUAUGCCUGCAAUAUUGACGUUUUGUUCAUCAAUAAGAAGUGCCAGGAGUAUUUGGCUUCGGCGCAAGAAUUGAUGAAGAAAGACUUGCACGAUUUGGUGGAAGUCGGGGAAAGCCAGACUUCGCUUGACAACACGCAGGGGUUUCCCCGAUGUGGCGUCUCGCGCAGUGUCACCACCUUGCUAAAACUGAUGGAAAGCAUCUUGGUUGAAUCACAAACUUUGUCGCAAAAGUGCGCCGGGCGCCUCCUCUACACGGUGAAAAAUAUCAGUGUUUUGUAUGUUACGUUCGUUCCCGAACACCACAAAAAGUUGCUUCAAACUAUCCCCCAACAGGUCGCGCUUUUUUACAACAAUUGUAUGUUCCUGGCGUACACUUUGUGCCUUUGGGGGGAGACCCACUUGACUAAACUUCCCUCAGUGCUCGAGGUCGAGUCGAGUUUUGACAGGGAAGUGUCGCAGCUGCGGGCCGUUGCGUCCGAUAAGUUCGCCAGUUGUGUCAAGUCUCAAAUUAUGCAAAUUGUGGAAAUUAUGAAAGAGUCGGGUUUGGGGUUGAAACAGACUCUCGAACAGGUGGACGCGGCCACUGAAAAGUGUCUCAGACAGUGUUUGAGGCAGCAAGAGCUGCUCAAAACGGUCUGGUUGAAGGUUUUGCCGUAUGAGGUUUAUAAUAGGACACUGGGCGAGAUUUUGAACUCGUUGUGUGAGUUUUUGAUCAAUGCUGUGGUCAAGUUUGAGGACAUUUCCUCAGAUGCGGCCGAGCAGUUGGUUGAGCUGUUUAAGAUGGUGCAAACUAGAGGGCCGAAGUUGUUUAGUGACGCCAAAGAAGUGGCGCUGUUUGUGACGAGUUGGUAUAAAGUGAGCGAGUUGGCGUUCGUUUUGAAUGCGAAUUUGUUGGAUAUUAAUGAUCGGUGGGCGGAUGGGAAAGGGCCGCUGGGGCUGCAGUUUAAGGCGGUGGAGUUGAAACAGUUGGUUAGGGCGCUGUUUCAGAAUACGGAGAGGAGGGCGGCGUUGCUCGAAAGGAUCCACGACUGAUUCUUACAUUUAUUUGUAAUUGUUGAAUUUAAUAAAUUAAUUAACUAUUUUUGUUA